AAAGACGAGAGAGCCCAGACUCGACGCAUCCUGUCCCCGACAGUCGGGUGCUGAGGUAUGCACCCAGCCGGUGUCACCACCCUCCCAGCUACAGCUCGCCACAUUUCAGCACGCAGCUUCCUCUCGACUGUACGGACUAGCAGCGUGAGGUGGCUAAAAUGCUGACUGCUCACCCUGAGAUGCACGAGAAGCGGGAUGGCCUCGGUAGCGGGCAAUAUGGGGCAGGCGGGGGUGGUGGUACUUCGAUUGAGGAGAAACCUAUUCCGGAACAACCACCCCCGCCUCCUGCACCGCCGCAACGAGACCUGUCGGAUCCUACUAUCAGCGCUAAAAAGCUUCCAAAAAAACGAAAAUUUGAUCCAUCCGAGCUUGAGGAGAUGGACAAGACCAGCAAUGUCACCAGCAAUAUCAACAAUAUGGUUCAUAUUCGCGCGCCAGCUAUACCGCUUGGCGGUCAGCCGGUUUUAGGACAACAAUCCAACUUACCAACUACCACCAGCCGGCAAUCGCCGCAACAACAGGAGUCUGAUUGUUAUCAGGUACCCCCAGCUCAUUCGGUAGUAGUGUUACCUCCUCAAAGUACAGCGGUGGAUUACUCUCUCCGCGAGGAACCCUCUCGUUCUCGUCCUCGGCUUGCUAUUGAUCUCAGUGAGUGGUGCGAUCAUAGAGUGUUAGCUUUAAGGGAUUCAUUUUAUUUCCCGGGUGUUAUACGUAACGUUGUUCACGGUGAGAUUUUAAUUGAAUUCGAUGGCGAAAGGAAGCUAGUGCGUUAUAGUGACGUUUUGGGUGCGAGACGGUACGACGUGAUAGGAGAUGCAAGCCCUUCUCUACAACAAGUAACUUUGGAUACGAAGGUGUGCAUCAGAUGUCCGCCUACGAACAGUCAUGUGGACACGUCAAAAGUAUUUGUAAAGGGGACAGUGUGCAAGAUAUUAACGAAGCCUUAUCGUUUUGUUGUGAAAAUACCGCGAGAAGACGAUCAAAGUGAUAAUUAUGUUGUGAAACGCGCGGACUUGCGGUUAGUACAGCCUCCAUGGGCGGACGAGUUGGAGGAGGGGCUGGAAGAAUGCGAUCCUGCAAGAGUCGAAAACAUUGAACAUGGGUAUCGCAAUACCACGGAAGCUCCGACAGCAGUGCCAAUUUUGCAAAUCCAUCAUACUUCUCAUCAUACAUCGCAUAUAUCGAGUCAUAAUGACACCAGUUAUUAUAGAACGACCGGUACCAGUCCUCUCAUGACUGUAGGCACUCCUGCGCAUUCUGCCACGGCGUUAAGUAAUGGCAGUCGGCCGUAUGACGAUUUAGAAAGCGAAGAUGACUUAGACAGAGAAGAUAUUACAUUUCCCUCAGACGCAGAUGCAAAAUUGUCAGGAAGCAGCAAAAGAAGCAGCAUGCAGAGCCGGGGAAGUACCAGUAGCCUAGUUGAACAACGUAGUAUAACGCCUCGUUCUCAGGCAGCCACACCUCGAUCUCAGGCGGCAACGCCACAUAGAUAUAAAAAGGGUGACAUAGUGGUUACACCAAGUGGAAUAAGAAAAAAAUACAAUGGGAAACAAUGGCGUAGACUUUGUAGUAAAAAGGACUGUAACAAGGAAAGCCAACGAAGAGGAUAUUGUUCUCGUCAUCUUAGCUUAAAAGGGUCUGGUCUCAGAGGUCCAACAAACACAUUUCCUGGUAGUAAAAUGGAUGGCGAAGAAACAUCAAGAGAUUCUGAUACCUCGCCAAAUUACGUUGACAGAAGAAUAGCAGGUAGAUUCGAUCAAGACGAAACUGAAGCUGCUAAUAUGCUCGUGUCUUUGGGGAGUUCUAGAUCGGCUACGCCAGCUUUUUCGUCACCGACAGGCCAGUCUUCUAUUUCUCCAUGUAUAAACCAGUCACCGGUGCCACCGGUGGGGUUCAAUCAGAAUAAUGUUUUUAUGCCUAUCUCAAGCCCCGCUCACCAUGCGACUCCACUGAUCUCGCCUGGCGCAAAAUGGAAGCACUCACCUACACAAUCUAACUUUUUGGUUCAGUAUCCGCAGCAAGUAAUAAAGCCCGAGCCGAAUCGGGUAGAUAGAAAUCGACCGAUCCCGAUAACUGGUGCAAUCCCUACCAGUUUAGGGACAAGUGUGAUAAGAAUCUCCCCGGUGAGCCGUAGCAUGCAACCCGGACAGAAUCCGACUUUGUCGUGGUCGGAGCAGAGUCCGCCAUCAACGAGACAUCCUUCGGUUGUGACGUCGAUCGCUCAGCAACAGCAAAAUAUAAUUUUGCAACAUGCGUUAACAUCGAGCAACGAUUUUCCCAAUCAGGCUGAGAUAUCUGAACAGAGUUCUCAAAUGAUAAAACCGCCGCACUCGCCUCACAUACCUCUGCCCACUAUCCCGGUGCCGCAGAAUCUGACGCUUGUACACAAAUCAUUGGAACAACCAGUUGACUACGCGCAGUCGCCUCAAUCCCAGGGCCAACCGAUCUAUGUAAUGCAGCAUGAAAAAAAGUAUCUUGUGAUAAAGAAUAGCAUGGACAUGUCGGCGCCAUCAGGCGCGCAUAUAAGCAACCAAGACGACAAGUAUCGGCAAGGACUAAUCAAUCAUCCGGGCCAACUGCCAAUAUCAACGUUGCAUCAAGUUCAGUGUCAACAAGCACCUCAAUCACCCGCGGUUUCAUCCGUCCACAUUGACAAACUGUCUGUUUUGCAACCUGUGAAUAAAAUGAAUACACACACAACCGUGCAUAUGGAUAUGCAGAGGAAUCAGCCGCCGCCACCUACGAGUGCUGUAAUGACAUCUACUACAGAGGCAUCCAGUCCGUCUACUCCGACAAGUGUCUUCCAGCACGUAAUUGUUCAACCAGGACAUUUGGUGCAAAUUCCAAAAACCCAACCUCUUAGAGAAGAGAAUACAAAAAACAACGGUAUUCUUUAUGGCAGCCACGAAGUUCUUCCUGCAUACCAGCCCCAUCCCCCAUCAUUACCGAAUAAUGCAGGGCGCAGCUGGAAAAAAGCUUUUUCCUGGCAGACGACAGUUCCGGAAUCAGAAGUAAGCCCUCCUCCUUCUACUCUGAGUCCACCCCUGAGUGCCCCACCUGAGUACCAACCUCCCGGUAAAGGUUCUGCUGAAGAAGGCCUUGGUACUGGUUCAGAUCCCAUUACACCUGCUGAAGAAGAGGAUGAUGAUGUUUUUGAACCAGAACCAACCCCACCCGCAGAAGUAGAAGCUAAUGCUAAUAAAAGACGCAGUCACUCGCUCAGUUCUUUGCAACCGCAGACUCCAUUGAAAGCUAAAGAUAGAAUACGUCGACCCAUGAACGCAUUCAUGAUUUUUUCAAAACGCCAUCGUGCCGUUGUGCAUCAACGUCAUCCGAAUCAGGAUAAUCGUACAGUAUCUAAAAUAUUAGGAGAAUGGUGGUAUGCUUUGGGACCAGAGGAGAAACAAAAAUAUCACGAACUUGCCUCGGAAGUGAAAGAAGCGCACUUUAAAGCGCAUCCGGAUUGGAAGUGGUGCAGUAAGGACAGACGAAAAUCUUCAACGACCAGUUUUAAGGGAAGCGAACCGGGAAGGACGAAGUUGAACAGCACGGGAGAAGAAACGGAUGCUCUGCAAGGUUCUUCGUCGGAGGAUCCAUUAACAAUUACAUCUGCUGAUGAAGUAUCUGCUCCAAUCACUACCACAUAUAAUGAAACUUCUACUAACAUUGAACAGAUUAUGAAUCAAUCACACACGCAACAUCGGAUUGCGGAGAUUCCUUUGCAAAUUGAAAACGCCGAGGUCGAUAUCAAGCAGGACGACGACGCGAAUGGGUCAGAUGAUGAUCAGAUGGUUAUUUGUGAAGAUCCCCAACCGGAAAUAGAUCUGAAGUGUAAAGAUAAAUUGACAGACAGUGAUAACGAUGUGCAAGACGAAGAUACAGAGAAGAAAUGUUACAACCAAUCACAGUUUUCGGCAAUGAGCGGUCAAAAGAGGGAAGCGAUGAAUGUUAAACAGGAAAUAACAUGCAGGCCUAAACCAAUAAAAGCACGGAUACCCUCAACAGGUAUAGAAUCUACAACAAAAUAUCACCAUUCUUCCAUGGAUAAAGGGAGUACUGUAUCAGUUUUGUCAAGUACGUAUCCUUAUCACAGUCCUGUCAAUCCAACAGGAGUGUCAGGAUUUCAACCUACCGGUGGCGCUUUCAUAACUAUGCCGAUAUCGCCGAAAGUUAUUAAGCCGGAACCGGUAAAGGGCGAGCAGCAGUACAGCACGCAGUAUAGUGUAAAUAAUCUCGUGAACAUGCACACUGAAAAUGGACGGAACAUGCCUAAAUUUACAGCAGCUCCGGUGUUACACACUAUUGGAUCGAAACCUAUGAUGGCGCUGUUAAAACAACAGCAGCCGUUGCAGUCUUUAGGCACUACUCUUCGCCCCUUUACUUCAACUGUCCCUUAUCAACCACCGCUCACUCUAACAUUGCUCGAUAACGAUUUGGUGGCUGUUUCCAAACCGCAGCAGGGAUCGCAGUACCUUAAUCCGACGCCGCCGCAUUCCAGAAUGUACGGUGGAUUCCAGAUACCUGUCACUGACGCUGGCGCUGGUAGCCGCAACAAUUCGGUACCUAUGCAGAAUUUGGUUUCGAAUAACAAGACGGAAAUCCAAAGCGUGAUCGUGAGCAAACCUUAUUCUACAGCGUUAUCGACAAUCUCCACUACGUCGACUUACCGAGGAAUUGGCCAUUCCAUUGCUCGUCUCGCAGAAUCCGAGAAUAAUGACAAUCAAUUGGCUACGAAUCAUACACAAUUCUACGUCGGUAAUAUAAAAACGGAAGACAGAAAGGGUACUGUAAAUAUUGCUCUUCCCGCAACAAAUGAGAUACAUAAGCAACCAUCGACGCCUCAUACUCCGCAUACACCUCAGAAUAACCAUGGAAAUGGUGAUCUAUCGUCGAAUAAAUCAUAUGCAUUUGAUGAAAAUCAAAGUAAUGACGUAGGUCCAAGUAAGGGUCCGUUCAUGCUUGCUCCGACUCCGGCACAGCUUGGUCGAGCGCCACUACAAAGGAGACAAUCAAUGGCAAUGCCUCCCGCACCAACUGCAGGAGAUCAUGGGCCAAUAGCAACACCUCAACAUUGUGAUAAUCGACCACAAACAAGUAUAUCUCAAAUGACAGAGCAAACACAACAACAAAAUUAUACGGAAUCUCAUACUUCUCCCUCUCCCUCUACUAAAAAGGGCUCCUUCUUCAAGAAAAAUGUGGAGGAUGGUAUGGACAGAGUUCUUGAACAAGUAAACUUCCAAGAAAAAUUCUCAUCGUUGCCGGAAUUCAAACCGGAGGAUAUACAAAGCCCGAGUGCGAUCAGUAUAAACACUCCGGGUUCAUCUAGCCAUAGUAGUGCAGCUUCUAUAUUACACCCGCAAACACCUAUGCAGAUACGAACUUACAGUCGAAAGACAUCAGCACAAGGACCUCAUAGGCCCACAAUGAAUGAGGAUGAGAUCGACUCGGACACACCAAUAUCAGCUACUCCAAAAUCUACUUCGAGUGUUAAGCUGACAGGUACAACGUUCUUUGGCCCAGAUUUCAACGUUGAUGCUUAUAGAACCAACAACGAUCUAAUGGAUGUCGAUGCCAGUUCUCCACGUACGCCGAAAACCCCUGGGAGCAGUGCUGGGAAUACCGUGCUGGGAAUUGGUAGAAGUGACAACGAGCGUGGCCACAGAAAGAUGCUGGAGCAACGGAGACAAUUGGUCAUGCAGUUAUUUCAGGAGCAUGGUUAUUUCCCAUCUGCGCAAGCGACUACUACAUUUCAACUUAAUCAUGCGGAUAUAUUUCCUACCAAGACUAGUUUGCAAUUGAAGAUUCGAGAGGUGAGACAAAAAUUGAAAGCCAAUUCGACGCCGAGUGCUAACAGCCUCGUUAGUCCAUUGCCAGUCUCCGAAUCUUCUCCUGUUGUAACUGGUUCAGCUGCUCCUCCAACAUCGAUAGGAGCUCCACAUUCACUGCCUGUAAGCAGUAGUGGUAGCUAGCACCCACGUGCCAACUGUGAUACUAUGCAUCCCCUUACUCCGCAACACGAAUACAUCAUUAUCCUUUGAAGAGCGAAGUGUUUAUUAGAAAAGUCAUUAGUGCACACUCUCUUUGGGAUUUGUAAAGUAUUGCGAAAGGCUUUAGUGCAAUGUUAAAUUACGAUAAAGUCUGGUGCGGAUGAUUUUAGGGGCAUAUUGAGACAUGUUGAUAUAUAAAUGUUAACGAUGAUUUGUAUAUAAUAUUACAGUUUUUAAUUGUUUGAAGAUAUCAGUUCUCUUGGAGUUUGUGCUGCAAGAGAUUUUUGUAUUCGAUCGUCGUUGAACAAUAAACGACGAAAAUUGCAAAUAUUAAAUACGUGUGUCACUAUUGCGGCAGUUUAGUAUUUUUGCAUGCAAGACGUUACAUAUGAAUUCAAUUGUACUAUGCUACAUAGUAAUGAAAGAACGCAGUAAUAAAAAAAUAUAAUGAGCAGUAUAAACAUGAUGAAUGUUGAAAUGUAUCACGACUUUUUUUUCUUUGAAAUAAAAAGACAAUACUGCAUUCAAAGAUGAUUGAAAAAGAAAAUGAUUAUAAUAAAUAUGAUAUUUUAUCACAUUUUGAAAUUAUAAAUCGCAUUUUGCUGUGCAUUCUUAGUUGUGUAAUUGACAUUUGUACAUCAACACGUCUUGCGUGAUUCAUAAAAGGCCUAAGCCAUUGUUAAAUAUUGUUGAAAAUAUGAAGAGAGUAAAAUUCAUAGAGAAACAGAGAGACUAGCAGAGAAGGGAGAACGAGAGAGAGAGAGAGAGAGAGAGAGAAUCGUAAUUGAAAACAUAGAAUUAACAAAACAUUAUGAAAUUAAAUCAGAGUUUAUAUAUAUAUAUAAAUAUAUACUUUAGUUAUACUUUAUAUAUAUAUAUAUAUAUAUAUAUAUAUAUAUAUAUAUAUAUAUAUAUAUAUCAUAUAUAAGUCGAAAUAAAACUGUAGUAUGAAAAUGCGAUAAUCUGCACAAAAAUGUAUGUAAUACACUGAUCAGAAAUGUUUAUUUCGCAUGUAAAUAUUAUGGAAUAAUCUUAAGACAAAGAAUAUCUGAAAAGUUGAAAUGUCUGCAAUUCUUUAUCUGAAGAGUUGUAAAAAUAUCGUAUUCUCGACUUAUAGAGUACGAUAUCACACAUAAAAAUCGUGCCAUUGUGCGGCGACAAAGUAAAGGGAAUAUGCAUGCGCUAUAAUUCCCAUACUAGUGGAAGAAUAAUUGUUAGAUAACUCCUGAUAUAGGUAAUAUGUAAUAUGUUUCUCUGACAUUAUUGAAAGUACUUAUUCUACUGUUUUUAGAGCUUUGCUAAAAUUCAAUGCAGUGAUCUAUUUUAUAAGUAUUUUAAAAACGGUCCAUCUUUUUUUCAUUUAAUUUUUUGUUUAUUUUAUAUUUUUUCUUUUUCUGGCCUUAGAUUUAAGCGCUUUUAUGAAGGUCAUUAUUUUUUUCUUUUUUUUUUUUGGCCGUGACAAAUACACAUUUUAUUAUCUUUAUUGCAUGUAUAAGUACUUAAUAUGUACGUACUACAUAAAUGAAGAGGCAAGAACAAAAUCUAAUCGUUGUUGGUGUUCAAAUGCUGACAUCCAUUUUUAAUUACGGUAAUUACCAUACAUCAUUAAUAGUAGCAACGUUGAAAGUAAAAUCGCGUACACUUUUAUCAAAGUUUAAACGUAUAUAUUGUAUACAAUAAAUUUGUAUAAUAUGUUAUAUAGGAUCAGUGUUGUGUUAUAUAUCUAUAUAUAUCGUGUAUUUUAUUAAGUUUAUUCUUUAUUAUACAAGAGAAAAGAUACACAAUGUAUCGCAUGUGUUUUAACAUCCUCUUUUACUGAUCCAACGUUCUCCCCUUUUUACGUUGUUAAAGUUCUUACAGAAUUAUUGCAUCGAAUUUUAGCAAAGAUUGUUAAAUUUGGCUGUAAUAUAGAUAAUGUAAUUAGUGAUUUGUUUAUAAAAAAAGCGCACCUCGACAGGUUAAAGUCUCGCGCCACGGCACGUAUAUCGUAGUUAGGAUAUGAAACAGUGUCUAUUCUACAUAUUUUGUAAAUAGAAACUAAUUAAAAAAUAUAUAUACAUAUAUAUAUAUGUAAAAAAUAUAAACAUAUAUAUAGAUAUAUAUACCUAUAUAUAUAUUUAUAUGUAUAUAUAUAUAUAUAUUUAUAUAAUGGAGAUGGUAGACUAUAUGAUAUUGUAAUUUGUAGAACUAUAAUUACACGAGGAAAAAUGCAGACAGGAUUAAGUUUAGAAUAAUUGCAGAUUGCGGGCCUUCAUCUGUAGUGGACUCUUGUGCUUGGGAGUCUCGGGACGGUCCUCCCACCCUUCUCCAAAGUUAAUCCUUUCCUAAAGCGUUAGGAUACUAUAUUGUUUGUAUAUAAUAUAAUUAUAUUAUCGUCCUAUUAUCUCUUGAUUUAUUAUUUUUUAUUGAAUGUUAAGCGCACUAGUGGCAAAUAGUAACAUAGGAAGAGGGAAACUUAAAGCCUGGAUUGAUCCUGUAAUAUUUUCGUAUUGUCAACAUUACUUAAUAUCUGCCGAUGAAAAUUUAUUUCAGAUUUACAUUAUAAGCUAUUUUAAUACGUUUUAAAACGAUUUUUAUGGUUACGUUUCAUGUAAACAAUCUAAAUUCGAAAAGUAUCAUGUAAUUAUAAGAAUAUUCUGGAGUUGCAUACAUACGUUUGUGUCGUUAAGUAUGCAAGUUUGUUUUUAUUUAAUUCGGCUAAAUUCUAAUAAAAUAUCUCAUCUAAUAUAAGAGAUUCUCUCGUAAAAUUUUUUAAAGAAAAUAUUUUAUUAUAAAAUAUUUUAGAUACAAAUGCUCAGUCUUACUGUAUAUUUAUGCUGCAUGCCCGCAAGAUCUAUAUAGUACGAAUUUGUGAAAUAUAUUUGUGUCUUUAUAUUAUUCAACAAUAAUGGAAAAAAAAUCGUCCAUUAAGAAAUUGCUUAUAUAUUAAGCACCAUCUCUUUUUUAAAUCUGUACGCACAUUUUUCGUAAAAGUCUUUUUAAAAACAUGUUAAAGAGAUACAUUCUUAGAUCUAAAUGACACAGGAUCUUAACAGGGUUUGAAUAUCUCUCACAUUCUAGCCCAUCUCUCAAAGAAUUAAUACAAAAAAAAUAAAUACUAUAUAUAUUUUGUACUUGCGUAAACUAGCGAACUACUUUCCAGUAUUUAUAAGAUUCUUGAAAAAUCCUUUUAUAUAUAUAUAUAUAUAUAUAUAUAUAUAUAUAUAUAUAUAUAUAUAUAUAUAUAUAUAUAUAUAUAUGCAUAUCCUUUUCCCUCCCUUAUUUCAUAUGGUGAUGAAAUACGUUCCGUGAUUUAGCAGCCAUGAAUGUGACUGUGAUCUAGGAAAACAGAAGUAAAGUAAAAGUGGCAGCUAUUUUACUGACUGUUUCUUCACCACUAAACUUUCUUCCUAUGUGUGUUCCCUUCCUCUUUGUAUCUCUUCCUCAAUGUAUAAAUGAAUAUGCACUAAAUCGAGCGCUUCUUCACACCACGUAUCAUUAUUCUUUUUUUAUUAUUUGCGUUAAAUAUAUUUUUACUGUGCUUAGCCGCUACAUGAUUUAUCGUAAUAUUCAUUAUUCUAUUAUUUCUUGUUUAAUUUUGAAAUAUUUUUAAAACUGUUAUGUAAUUAUAUAUUAUCAGUCAAGAUUAAUGUUAUGAAAAUAUAUGAAGCAUACAAAAGUAAAUACCAUAUAUAGAAGUCGUGGACAGUGACUCUAUAUGUAUCCAUGCAGUAAAAACACUUCACGUUGAACAUUGAUAUUUUGUAUGCGAUGUACGUGCAUAUACAUGCGUGGGGACAAAAAAUAAAAUAUAAAUUAUAUAUAUAUAUUAAUAUA